CGAUUUCACCUGUCCCCUUCCUCUCUUUCUGUUUCCAUUUUCACUCGACCUUGCUUCUCCUUUCUAUCGUUUUACCAACCCGUCAUCUUGCUCAUUUGCCGUCUUGUUUCUUCUCCGGGUCCGGGGCUCGCAACGUUCUACUGAAAGCUGACACCAACUGCGCGCCGGAUGACGAAUUGACGAGAAGAAGACAAGAACGGGAAGCGCACAUCAUUCGACUUUCGUCACUCGUUCUUUUGAGUUUUGACUCUUGUCGACUCUGUGCCGCGCCUGCCUGGUAAUCUGUUCAUCCUAAUGGCCAAUGCCUUGCAGACAUACCUAAGUCGUCAUACUUCCCUUCACGCCUCGGGAAGCCUUCUUCAGCGGACGACUCUUUCUGCCUUGCGAGAACGGCGCCACUCAGAUUCGGCAUCUGCCACUGCUUUCGCCUACUUGGAGCCAGUCUAAUAUCCUUUGAAACCCAUCUCGAAGACCGCUCCUCCUCCUCACCUACCCAAACUUGCGGCGCUUUAAAGCUUCGCUCACGUUUCCAAUGAACCAGACAUCAACUAUGUCAUCCAUGGCAGUGGAUCUCAACCUUCCUCGGGUGGUGCCCGGGGGCAAGCACAUCAACUACUAUGUCGCCAUAAGCACGAUACUUGUGGUAGCCUGGCUACUCCAGUCCAGGAAGAAGAAAUUACCCGAGAUGCCUUUCUAUAAGGCCGCUAAGACAAAGUGGAUGUUCGAUGCAGAGACGUUAAUUCGCGACAGCUAUAACAAGUUCCGCGACACGGUCUAUCAAAUCAAGGCAACUGAGGGGCUGCAAGUGCUGGUGCCCGCGAGACUAAUCGGCGAACUCAGAAGCCUGCCGGAAGAGGUCCUCAGCGCGACCGAGGCCGUAGAUGAGGCCAUGUUGAGCAGAUAUACCAACUUCACUCUGGGCAACCACGCCGACCUGCUAUCGACGCUCGUGAGGUGCAAGCUGUCACAGAAUCUGGCGCGGCUCGUGCCUCAGCUCAAGGGCGAGCUCGAGUAUGUCGUGGCCACAGAGUUUCCCGAGUGCAAGGACUGGACGCCGGUUAAGUUCCAGCCUUUUGCGCUUCGAGCCAUCGCACGGAUCAGUGGCCGAGCUUUCGUAGGGUCCAACAUCAACCGCCAGGAGCAAUGGAUGGACAUCAGCAUCAACUUCGCCAUCCAUGUCUUCGUGGCUGUCGUAAAAAUGCAGCUCUUCCCCGAAUGGGCCCGGCCCGUCGCACAAUAUGGGGUUUCGGAACUGCGACAGAUUCGCAGGGACGUCGAUAAGGCCAGCGUAAUGCUGAAGCCAAUCAUCGAGGAGAGGCUGCGAGACCUGGAGAUGCCGAGUUACGAAAAGUCACCGGACGACCUGAUCCAAUGGCUCGUCGAAGCCCUGCCAGAAGAUGAGAAGAGGGACGUCAGGUCCCAGGCACACCUGCAGCUCAUACUAGCGGCUGCUUCGAUCCAUACGACCAACAACCUGGUCACCGACUGCAUUUACGACCUCGCAGCUUACCCGGAGGCACAGGAAAUUCUGCGGGAAGAGGCGCACCAAGUCCUCGAGGUCGAGCACGGCUGGGCGAGGAAAGAGAGCAUGGCCAAGCUGAAGAAGUUGGACAGCUUCAUGAAGGAGACCCAGCGCCUGGCCGGAAACAUCACAUCGUUCAUUCGCAAGGUUGUCAAACCCAUUGACCUCUCUGACGGCACGCACCUGCCCCGAGGCACCAAGGUGCUAGCUCCACAGGCGGGCAUUUCGCACGACGAGCGAUACUUCGAGGAUCCCGACACGUUCGACGCGCUGCGCUUUUACAAACUGCGACAUAAGUCCGACGAGGACGUCAACCGGUGGCAAUUUACUAGCAUUAGCGACACGAACAUGAACUUUGGCGCUGGCAAGCACGCCUGCCCGGGCCGCUUCUUUGCAGGGAACGAGAUCAAGCUGGUCUUGGCAUAUUUCCUACUUAACUACGACAUAAAGCUCAAAGACGGGGAGACGCGGCCGAAGCCGACAGUCAUGGUGAUGAGUAAGUCGCCCGACCCGAACGCGGAGGUCUUGUUCCGGAGGCGGACGGUGGCAGCGUGAGUCCUACGAUGUGGAAAGGGCUACAGCCAAUAUAAAGGAAACACAAAACCGAGUGCCGGCAAUCAAACAAGCAUGGGCCAUACGGACAAUUAUCCCGUGUACACAAACGACAUGCACAUCUUCCUAGAAGCGAGGCCUGGAGCUCUAGCGUCUUGCACAGGCUCCUUAGAGGCUGAUUGAUGGCCCAUGAAAAUAUACCACUGGAGGAUAUACCACCGUACAUUGUAC